UUUAAUGUACAUUUUAAUAGACAUCAUGGUCACCCUGAACUGAAAAAUUGUUUUUUUCUUUGUUAAAAACAGAAAACACAUAGUAGCCACGAUGAGCAGAGAAGGAGACAAGUGCGUAAAGAGCGCGCCUCGGAACCAGAAGCCAUCCAAGACCUCUCACACCCAGCAGGGAACCAUCCCGAGGAGGAAAAAAGACAACCACAGUUGCAGCCAGCCAAAAGGGAAAGAGGUUAAAAGUGUUGCAAAACGUCCGGUAUGUGUGUCAACAAGUGCGGUGACGGAGUGCCAGAGGAGUCCUGCGGCUCCAAGAAAGCUUUCGGACGCCAGUAAUGCUUCAGAGGACCUGAGCAAAGACUCGGGAUGCUUGUCGGGGAAACUCUCCUCCGACAGCAGCUCGGAAAACUCCGAUUGUACUUCAGAGGGCAACAAGCGCGACUCUACCACCGGCGACAACCAAUUCAAGUGGACGGACAGAAGAGCUUAUCAGAGUCCGAACACUGACGGCAUAGACGCUGAAGCAGCAGGGACCACCUGCUGCCCACCUAUGGGCGCUCCUGCAGGGGCAAUGACCUUGUACAACUCUUCUGGGGCAUUUAUGCACCUCAUGAUGGCAGAAACGACGGAUGACUUGGUUAGAGAAGUGGACGAAUUGAGGUCCGAAAACGAGUAUUUGAGAGAUGAGGUGGAGGAGUUGCGCUGUGAGAUGCUGGAAAUGCGUGACAUGUUCCAGGAGGAGGAGGUAUGCCAGCUUCAGGACCUGCGGCAUCAGCUGGACGAAGCCAACAAGACCAGCCGGAUCUUACAGUACCGCCUCCGCAAGGCUGAGCGACGCAGCAUCCGGGUGGCCCAGACCGGGCAGGUGGACGGAGAACUGGUCAGGAACUUGGAGCAUGAUAUCAAGGUUGCCAAGAGUGUGUCGAUGCGGCUCUAUACUGAGCUGGAGGGCGUGCAGAAGAAGAACAGUCACUUGGAUUGGGAGAAUGAAAUGCUACGAGAGAAGACACAGGAGCUGGAUGUGGCCAAGCACGUCUUGCAGGCUGAGUUGGAAAAAGCCAGAGAGAGCUGUUUGAAGAAGAGAAGCAUCAGACCAGCACCUAAUAAAGCCGAGAGGAGGAUCUCUCAACAGCUGGAGGAUGACAAUGACCUCAAGUGCCAACUCCACUUUGCCAAAGAAGAAUUGGCUGUCAUGUGCAAGAAGCUCACCAAGUUGGUAUCAGAGAGUGAGGCCAUGCACGAGCAGCUGGCCAGGUACCAUUCAGUGUACGGUGACAUAGAGGGCGCCCAGUCAUCUGAAGGCAAACAAAGGUCCGCCCAUGCCAGGGAAGCGGAGGUCAAAGUUCACUUGAAACUGGUGGAAGAGGAGGCGAUGCUUCUGAGUCGCCGCAUCGUAGAGCUGGAGGUGGAGAAUCGUGGGCUGCGAGCAGAAAUGAACGACCUGAGAGAGAAAGAAGGAGAAGUGGAUGAGGAGGGGAAUAGGAAUGUUUUGGAGGAACAUCUGUCACCUUCUACUCUGAGGAAGAACAGAAAGCAAAGAUGUCAGAGGAUGAGAAGUGUAGUGCAUGAGAAGGAGCAGGACGAAAAGGCAAGUUUAGUGGAGACAUCUUCACUCUGUAGUCAUGAAUCACAGCCUGAAGGACAGAUUCCUUCUUGUCACAUCACCAGAGAAGGUCCUGUAGGUGGCGAGUGGGAUCCAUCAGAGAGCGUCAGCAACCAAACACCAGACAGCGACCUGAAAGGAAUUACUGCAAACAAUUUUACAGCUCUCGUUGCUCUGAGGGAUCAUGCCUGCGUUUUUAGUUCUGCAAUCCAGCUCAUGAUGACUCCAUCCAAAAAGGGCCAUUGUUCAUCUCCCUCUUGUGCGCUUACCUCACCAACAGACGGCAGUUCAAAUGGUUUACCGCCAUCACAGACGUUAUUCUUCCCAGGGCCUUUGAACGAGGCACUGAAACUACUACAGGCCAUGCUGCAAGCUUUUAUCACAAGGAUGGAGGUGCUUGUAACUGACAACAACUCGUCUCACAAGGAAGUUCAGGACUGCUAUGGAGACAUACGUAGAAAGCAGGAGUAUGUUCAAGAUCUCCACGCUGCGGAGCUGGAGAGGUCAGAACCAAGACUGAAAGGGUCACCAUCCAAAUCUGACCUGGUCCACAGCUGCAAAGAGCCCAAAAUGCAAUUGUCCAUGCAGAUUCUGUGGAUUCUUCAACAGUGGUGUCAAGAAGGAAAAGAGGCUCAAGUGAAAACCUUUACUGUGUUGCGGGGUUUGUUGGAAAGCCUCAGUGCUGAGCUCCAGGAGGAAAUGCUUGACAGCAAGGCCAGAGUGGUUCGCAAGGCAGCAGCCGAGUGUGCUGUCAAUGAUAAAAGACCCUCUGAUGCGGACAGACAGUGCAGUUCAAUAAGACAAAGACUUCAGCGUCAUCUUUUUCCACAUACCUGCAAGAGGAAGGACUGGUGUUAUCUGAGCCAGCAGGCUGCCCAACUAGACCGGGAGGACCCGGUUAAGACUUGGGACCAUCUAAUCAUGCCGCUUAGCUUCCCAGAUCUUAACUUUGAGCAGAUGUCUACGGAGAGGAGUCAUACUGCUCCAGAGAAGUCAACCCUCCGCAUUUACUACAGCCCCCCGUCAAAGCGCAGAGUCCAGCUGGCUCAGAUAAAACAAAGCUCAGAGAGUGACCGAGAGUCUGUGGACACGCAGUCUCCCUGGUGCACACCGCUGACCUCCUUUUCGUCACUCUGUGUUGGCUCCUUGGCAAACCUGAGCGACGACAUGAAAGAGAUGGCGGCGGGUCAGAGGCAGGAGGGUCACAGCAGCUCACUGGUGCAGAACAGAACAAGAUCAGUGGGACAAGGGGUGGAUGUGGCCUGUUCUGGUACGCAGACCCAAUUGACGCCACAGAUGGUGAGUGUUGGCCUGCAGACAGAAGGACCAGUACCCACCACAGUGAGAAACAGUGCCUCACGGGCGGUCAACUCCUCUUUGGUGUCGCCGCGCUCUCGUCAUAUCUCCACCUCACUGGACAGACUGACAAGCAGAACCGAGAGGCCCAAGCUGUCUACCUCGUCCCCUAAAUUGUGCCGAAGUCAGUCUGCAUUUGGGGCGUCCUCUACUUUGAGCUCCUCAUCUGCAUCUGCCUCGCGGGAUCGAAUGUCAAAUGGGUUUCAUCAGAGCCAGUCCAGGCUUGUGUUGGCCCGCCAAACUAGUCCCAGAGCUGCUGCUGGACAGAACCGCAGUCCUCCUCUCUGUGAGCCUCCGCGUCAGAGCCUCAAGCCCCCCAACAGGUCCGCAGGGGGUCUGGUCACAGAGUUCCUGCGUAGAGUGAGCUGCCGGGCAGAAAAAACGGUACCGGGGUCGGGCCAGAAGACGAAAAGCAGCCUGGAGCGUGUUCCCGUGAGGCCUUCUGCGGCCUCGCUGUCGAGGAGUGACAGCGUAACAAGAAUCGUCAAUCACAGGUUCAUGAAGCAGAAGGAAGAUGUCCUCGCUGCCCAGCAGAAAGAGAAAGAAAGCACUGAGAAUAACGGAGUCACACACAGCCUGAGCUCCCUCAUUGCAGACGAUGUAAGUUACGACUGCAGCUCCAGCAGCACACUGACCUUCUGCUUUGCUCGUCCGUUUCGUUCUACCCCGAGACAAACGUCCAACCGGAGCAAAUUCCUUCGACACAAAGACCAGAAAACGGCGAGUACGGCCGCUGAAUCCAACUGUGAGUGAGGUUUGUGGAGCCCAUAAGCUCAGUCAGCUACAAGCAGUGGUCCAUCUCUGGUUCUGUUCAUGUGACUCAGAAAGGCUGUAGCGAUCGGCCUUCACCUUGUGGCGAUGCUGAAAAACAGACUUGUGAACAGCCUGAGUCACAGUUAAAGCAGCCUUCCUUUGCUGAGGUGAUGCAACUGAUUCAAGAAGGAAAAGCAGUUCCCGGAGUGACAAAGAUACACAUACAGGCAAGCAACCAGACUGAAACUCCAUCACAAAUGGAAAGAAUACUUAAACCCUGGGAGGUGGCGUCGGUGUCCAAGUGAUUUCACUCACUGUGGCGUUUUGUUCAUGCAUUUUUUUUUUUUAACAAGAUGAAAUUGUGAACAAUGGGACGGUCUGAUUUAUACAUCUGAAUUUAAAAGGGUUUGAGAUGCUUCAAGAAAACAAUAUAUUUCCAAAUACUUUUUGACAGAAGACAGUUCAAAACAAAAAACCCAAAAUAAGUUGCAACAAUUUGUUUCUUUCUUUAGGUAGCAAAAAUAUUAUGAUCGGAUUAUCAUUUGUGUUGUACUCCAUGUAGCAUUUAAUCAUGGUUCUCAUAAGAUCAAAGCUGGAAAUUCCAGGACACACUCUUUGAUCUUACUCAAAAUGCAUCAUGUUUCAGAUCAAGCAACACAAUUUUAGUUACCGUAAUAAUAGAAGGAUGAAGAAAGAGAAAAUCUUUAAAAAAAAGUUACAUGGAACACAUUUCUUCAGUAAACUAAUACUGGUUUAAUUCAUUGUCAUUUGUAGUUGUCAUUGAGAAAAAACACAAGGCAUCUCAUUAGUAUUACACAGAGUCUAAGAAUGCAUGGUCAUCUUAAAAAUACACAAUUGUUUAAAAGCUAUCAUCCUCUUAACAAUAAAAAAGAAGUGUACAGCUAUUUAGCACCAUUAAAACAGCACCGGAGGGAAUAAACAGGCCACAUGGCGACCUAGUAGUUAGCAUGUAGGCCACGCAGUCAGGGGAUCUGAGUUCAACUUUGUGGGCAACUUUGUGUGGAGUUUGAAUGUUCUCCCUGUACAUGUGUGAAUGUGUGAAUUUUCUCCAGGUACCGGUACUCCCAACUUCCUCCCACAUUCCAAAAAUAUGCAUGCUAAGGUUAAUUAGACACUCUAAAAUUGUCAAUAAACGUGAAUAUUAAUGAAUGGUUGUUUGUCUAAAUGUGCCUUGCGAUUGGCAGGCGAUCAGCCCUAAGAUGUACAUGCCGGAAGUCACCUGGGAUAGGCUAAUAUAGACACAGGAAGUCAUUCAGUAUUAAUCAAGGCAGCAAUGUUUUGUAAACUUCCUGUCACAUUAAAACCCAGUAAGAUAUAUACAUACAUUACAUCUAAUUAAUAUUAAAAUGAUUGACUCUAAAGAUGUUUUAAAAAUCACAAAGAUCAAGAUUCAGAGAAUCAUAAUACAUGCAGAGGAUUUGUCCUAAAUCCAGCACAAGCAGACUGCAUUUUCAAGUCAACCAUGGCAGGUAACGACUGUUCUUUUAUGUGGGAAAAAUAAUUAAUAUUUAAAAGAAAUUGAACCCAUUAAAAAGGGUAACCACAUUUUAAAAAGUACAAAAUACAUUUGAGGUAGAGUUUUAGGGCCUGUUUCACGAAGCAAAUGACAUCUUGGGUUGUGUGUUUGAGCAAAAUUAAAUUACCGUUGCAGUUAUUUAUUUUUUAUAAUCACGUAAGCUAUCGCUUAGUUUGUUCGAUUGAGUAAUUGGAUAAAACAAAUAUAUAGCCUCAAUAUGUAUUUUAGGAAAUAUAGUUGAAAUAAACAGCACAUUUUCUGCUUGUUUCCCAAAAAUCUAAUAAAAAAUCAUUUAUGAUCUUUAAUGUUAUUUUUUAUAUUCUGUUCCUGUUACAAGAAACUUACUAUAACAUUCUGGACUGUUUAUGUAUUUAAAAAAGGGGUCAACCUACACAAUCUGUAGGUAAUCUCAUACUUAUUUUCUUUACUGAUGUAGAAAUCCUAUUUGUUAGUUUGCUUGUAUGGGGUGGCAUAUUUAUGAAAUCCUUUAUUGGAUCUGUACCCAGCUUGAGAACAGGUUGGCCCGAUGAAGCUGUGCUGUGAAGAAACAGCGAGAUCAGGGUCCAUAUAUCAGUAUAAAAAUAAUUACAACUGCCAUUGACCUAGAGGUUGCACUCCUAAUUCACUGAGGUAAUAAAUGAAGUGCACAGUGGUGUAAACAUUUAGGAGGCAGCUACUAUCGUUCCUCACUGUCGAUUUAGAAAGCACCGGCUUGCUUGUUGAUACAGGCCACUAUACACUAUAGAUUACCUCGUUAUUGAAAUAAAAAAAGAAACUUCCUUCUCAGUGUUUUCAAAAGCAGUAAAAAAUGUGUUUGUUCUUAUGCAAAAAAAAAAAACUAUCAAAAAGUUCAGGGAGAAUGUGCCUGCAGGUUUACCGACUUCAUUGCUACUGUUCACAUUCAAAAUAAUCCUUAAGUGGUGCGAGGAAGUGUCGGACGACGGGGACGCUCCAUGAUUUACCAAGGAGCUUCCGGCGGUGAAAGCGGCCCAUGUUGUUCACAUCCGUGUAAUGUUUGGGGAAGCCAAAGACCCUAAGAGACAGCAGUGGAGCAAAGUGUUACAUGCGUUGAUUUGACUGUUCAAUCAAAAACAUUGCAUUUGCUUAGGAGGCAAAUUUGCAAGCCUGAAAGGGCCUGCCUUGUUUACACUAUUUCCAUCUCCCAAUAAGAUGUUAGAGGAUAACUUGUUUCCUAGGAUGUUUUCUUUGUUACAAAUCUAUUUUGUUAGCAAUCAGCUUAAACAACGGUCAUCAGUGUGAAAACUACUUAUCAUUGUAUAGACCGUAAUUGACUUCAUAUGAAUAUAUCCGCUAUCACUGUUUUUAAAAAGUAUGUUGAACCCAUAGAUGAUUAUUGCUUACUGUUCAAUUUCGGUACACCACAAGUAGUCCUCCUCGCCAUUCAUGACGACAGGAAGCCCGACAUUCUUCUGCUUGUGGGAGUGUGAACUUGUUGUGAUGGUUCUGAUUUUUUCCAACUGCACAAAGAGACAAAAAUGAAAUAGCAAAUGAACCCUUCCAUCAGCUUUCCUUUCCUUUCCACGGUGUUACAAAUAGGACAAGCUGUUCUUUACCUUUGCCGUGCGUCCAGGCUCCAAACAAUCCUGAAGAGAAGGUUUGUGAUCCAGAGAAAGAGCAAGGGGUCUGAAGAGAAAAAGGAAAUGGUAUAUGCAAUAGAGUUAAUGUUUCUGCCCACUAUCCAAUAUAGGUAGUAGUUUAGACUUUUCUAGCUUGUAACUAGGGCGAGACGAUUAUGCCAAAAAUAAUAAUCCCAAAUAAUUUUGAUUGUUAGUUUUUUAUUUAUUUUUGUAAAAAUUUUUGUCAUAAAAAAUACAAUCAUGUGUGCUUACGGACUGUAUCCCUGCUGACUGUAUUGAUCUAUAUUGAUAUAUAAUGUAGGAACCAGAAAUAUUAAUAACAGAAAGAAACAACCCUUUUGUGUGAAGGAGUGUAAAUGGGGGAGGGAGGUUUUUUGGGUUGGUGCACUAAUUGUAAGUGUAUCUUGUGUUUUUUAUGUUGAUUUAAUUAAAAAAAAAAAAAAAAUUAUUUUUUAAAUUUCUUGUGUGGCCCGGUACCAAUCGAUUCACGGACCGGUACCGGGCCGCGGCCCGGUGGUUGGGGACCACUGCUUUAGACCAACGCUUGAAACCUGGAAGUGCCUCUCGGUCACGUGAUUGCAACCGAGCUAUUCAUUAGUUUGAAAACAUGAGUUUUCUUUGCACCACUAAAACUUAACUUUAAAAAAAAUAUAAAAGAACAACAGAUAUAAAUUAGUAACGAAUAAACAACAUGUAAAAAUAAUAAUAUUAACAGCAAUAAAUCAAAAUAUAGCAAUAUAAAAAAUCAAUAACAUUCACUUUUUCUAUUUUAAUUCUUUUUUUUUACCUUUCACACUUACUUAUUUCACCGCCAUAAAGAGUGUGCUUUCAGUGUCAAAUGUAAUUUAAAGGGGCUGCAAAGAUGGGAAUAGGUUGCUUGGCAACACUGGCCCGAGUGUAUAAAUGUGAGUGGGAAUGUUAUCUGUCUAUCCUUGCGAUGAGGUGGCGACUUGUCCAAGGUGUACCCCGCCUUCAGCUCGCAUGCAGCUGGGAUAGGCUCCAGCCCCCUGCCACCCAGAGAGGGACAAGCGGUAGAAAUUGGUUGGAUGGAUGUUUGCAAAAUUUACACAGAUGCCUUCUCACAGCUUCUCCUACGUAAUGAUGUAAUUACGUAACACAAGAAUGUGCAUUAGUUUAAGGUAUUGUUAGCUAAUAAUAGCAAUUUGGAUAGCUAGCGGUAGCUGUCAUUGAAUGUAUAUUCUAUCAUAACAACAACAACAUGACUGCAAUUUGUUCGUUGCUACUCUUGAACUGCUAUUGUAUGUGUGCACACGCUCCCCGCGCAUACGUGUUGACGAGACCGGGUAAGUGACUGCCGUAAACAUUAGUCAUUUUAUUUGGGCAGGUAAACAUUUUUUAUUGCAUAAACUUUGUAAUUUUGAAAAAUAUACACAAUUGUGAAACAAUUGUGUUCUGGUAAACCACUAAUGGUAACAUAAAGAGGUUCCGCAGCCUCCGAAGCAGAACCUCCAGGUUCUGUAACAGCUUCUUCCCUCAGGCCGUAAGACUCUUGAACGCAUCAUAAUUAUCCCCUCAACUCCCCCCAAAAUGGAUUAACUCUCUGGAAUAAAAAAGACAAUAUAACAUACAUCCAUAAAUGUGGAUGCAUAUGAAAAAGUACAAUAUAUUUAUCUGUACAGUAACCUAUUUAUUUAUUUAACCCUUACCUUAUUGCUUUUUUAUCCUGCACUACCAUGAGCUAAUGUAACAAAAUUUUGUUCUUAUCUGUACUGAAAAGUUCAAAUUUGAAUGACAAUAAAAAGGAAGUCUGAGUCUAUAAGUCUUGCUACUGUGAAGAAGUUGCAAAUAGCAAUUUAAUAAAAUAUUUGUCAAUUAAAUGCAAAAAUCCUCACAUUUAUUGGUGCCAUACAUCUUUGGAUAAUUUUGACCAGUAUUU